AUGUCGCCUUUAUUGUCAUCUUCUAUUGCAUCGCUUUCACUUGAAGCGAUCGAGAAUAUUAUUUUACGUGCAUAUUCAGAUGUUUGUCGUCUUGUACUUGAUACGAAUAUGUAUCAACAAGAUCAAAUUUUACCAUUGGAAAAAAUGUCGAAAUUAUCUAGUCUUCAACUUAUGAAAUUACGAAUAGUCGAUUAUUCCUGUCCUGACAAAUAUGAUCCGGAUUUCGAUCCAGAUUCAGACGAUAACAGUUCGGACGAAGAUGAAGAAAUCAUCGAAAAUGACGCAGAUGGCGAUGAUUCACCCGACGAUGAAGACGACGACAGUUUGUCUGAUCAUCUCGUCAGUGCCAGUACGGUUAGAUUUCAAGGAAUGCGAGUUUUCGACUCCAUUAAUCCGACUUUGGCUAAGUCGUACUUUAUUGUCAAUAUCAAUGAUACAAGAAAAUAUUUACAUAAACAGACAGCUGCUUGGCCUCUUUCAGAGGACAACCCUAUUUUGUCUUCUGAUCGUUUAAAGCGUGUUAUGACUAAUAAAUAAAAUAUGCUUCUCUUACAUUUCUGAACACUAAAUAUUCACAUUCUCUCUUUAGCAUCUUAUACAAACUCUCGAAGAUUAUUUUAGCUAAUAUUACAUAGAAACGUCUGUCCUUUUUCACUUGCUAAGAAUGUGAAAGGAAUUUAUCUUAUUUUCCUCGUUAAUAUAUUCACUUUUUCUAUGAAAACUUCUUAGUCAAGUUAAAGAAUUCUUUUGAUGCUCUAACACAGAAAUCUUAUGUUUGCUAUAAAAUCUUCGACUCGUGGCACGACAUUUGCGCGCGUGACAUUUGCGCGCCGACACUUGCGCGCCGACAAUUUCGCGCACGACACUUGCGCGCAGCGGCACUUUCGCGCAACGACAUUUUCGCGCACGACACUUACGCGUGCGACACUUGCGCGCAAAAUGAUUUUUUUCUGCGCUUGACUUCGUUCUGGGUUGGAUAUAACUACGGAUGUGGCUUAGGAAAUAGAUGCUGGCUGUGCGUGUGGGUGUGAGGGUUAAGUAU